ACAGCCGCUCCAGAGGAUGUAGCCGUAGGAGUGAUGAACAACACCAUGGUGAAGGUCAGAUGGGACCAUGUUCACAAGGACAAACUCAAUGGACAUCUGGGGGGCUACAGGAUAAGCUUUUGGAGGCUUCGUAGUCUGCUGUACUCAAAGAAAACACAUGGUGACAAACACACAUUGACAUUCUCAGGCGAGAGGAACGAUGUGGUGGUCACAGGGCUUAAGCCGUUCUCUGAAUACAGCCUCAUUGUCAUGGCCUUUAACAGCAGAGGAAACGGGCCUGGCAGUCAUCCGGUCAGCUUCAAAACACCUGAGGGAGUUCCUGGUCAAGUAUCUGCUUUCAGUGUCACAAACAUCCAGAAACACAAGGUCACCUUGACCUGGUCUCCUCCGGUUGACACAAAUGGACUCAUAAUUGGCUACAUCCUCCAAUAUCAGCUAAUAAAUGAUACAGAGGAACUAGGUUCUCUGACGACCCUCAACAUCUCUGCUGACGGCAGUAAGCUGCACCUCCAGGAUCUGGAAGCACUGAGCAAAUAUAAGUUUUACCUACGGUGCUGCACGCGUGUGGGCUGUGGACCAGCUGCCAGCGAGGAGCGCACCACUGUCCCUGAAGCGACUGUGUUGAAUAUUAGCACCUCAGUUAGUCACAACUUUGCAAAUAUCAGCUGGAUUCCAGGCACAGAGCAGACGGAGUCAGAGUUAUAUGUUGCCUUUAUGAACAACCGUGAAGGUAACUGGAAGAUUUCCGAUGCGCUAAAUUCUUCUAAGACUUUCCACAUCAUUGAAGGGCUCGAACCUGGGACUGAAUACACAGUGCGUCUUAUGACUAAAAGCUGGGUUGAUAAUUCUAGUAUUUUUGAAGACGUUAUCAGGACCAGUGCUAAAGGUCUGGCCAGUAUUCACGGAGGCAUCUCCAACCAGGGCUGGUUCAUCGGGCUCAUGUGUGCCAUAGCUCUUCUCACCCUCAUAGUGCUCAUAUCAUGCUUUGUGAACCGAAAUAAAGGCGGAAAGUACUCAGGUAUUCUCUCACACAAUGAAACAAAUCAGUUGCUGCAGAAAAUUGCAGAUGAUAAUGAUGAGAAACCACUGAAAAGCAGCCAGCAUUCAUUGAAUGGUGACUUGAAAGGAGGGGACAGUGGAGACAGUAUGGUGGACUACGGCGACGAGGACGCUCACUUCAACGAGGACGGCUCUUUUAUUGGAGAAUACUCCGGACGCAAGGAGAGGGUCUCCAUGGAAAUCAAGGGAAACAAUCAGAGCACAGCAUAA